UGAUUGAUCGAUUCUUUUAUUUUAUGAAAGAAAAGAAGCAUGCGAUCGUUAGUUCAUUGAACCGGAAAGCAGGACGUGAACACUGCUUCGCAAUAGCAGGACGGAUAUAUCUACAGACGACACACGUCAGGAUGAACGUCAGACACAAUCGGGGAUGACAGUUGUGGAUGUACUUACAGCUUGCCGUGUGUGAUGUCCCGGCCCCCCUCUAGUUCUCCUAUUCAGCGGAUUAUAUUGAGCAGGAACAGCGUCUCUCCCGAUCCAGCACCGGAAUCUGGGGAGCUGUACACGAUGGACGACAAUGAGUCGUCGAGACUGAAACCUAGCGAUGCAGUCACUAGUCAGCCACAAACAAAUGUCCCUAGGCCUCUACCAAACGUUGUCUUGCCCGCCCGACUGCCGCCACUGGAGUCGCACAGGGACACGCAGGGAUCAGUUAACAUCGAACCGAAUCUAGCGGCAUCCACCGAUGUCGAUGACGAUAGCAGCGCCCUCAAACCCAAUGAGAAAUACACCACAAUAGGGGAGCCUGAGGAAACACGGUUGUCGGAUAGUUCUGCCGACAAGGCUGUGAUGGAAAUGGCGAACCUGAUCACAAACCCAGGCGAUGUCCCCGGGGCAACCGUCCCAUCCUCGGGUAUGAAGCGCGCCGACAGUUCAGAGGCGCUUAAUCUUACCCUGCACCAAUGCGCCCGUGAUGGAGAUGAGGCAAACAUGAAGAUUGUGCUGAAGAACAUCAGCGGCCACCUCAAGAAGAAAGUAAAUGCACUGGAUGAUGAAGAUCUGACUCCCCUACACUACGCCGCUCGCUACAACCAUCUCAGUGUGGUCAAGCUGCUGGUGGAGGCUGGCGCAGACCCUAAUGCGAAAGGUGAAGAUGAGGUGACUCCUCUCCACACCGCGGCCCGAUACCGCCGGGAGAAGAACAAGAGGAAGGAGACCAACAGCCCUGAAGAGGGAGAGGCUCCAUCUGAAGCCAAUAUGGCAGCCAAUGGCCUCCCUCAGCUUGUGGAAUACCUGGAGUCUGUGGAGAACGCUGGGGACAGCUGUAUAUCCUUCCUGAUCAAGAAUGGCGCCAAAGUCAACGUUGUGGAUAUCUAUGGACAGACACCUCUACACUUUGCCGCCAUGAGAGGGAAUGAAAUUGCUGCCAGGGAUCUGCUAGGCUUUCAGGAAAUAAAUGUUGAGGCUCAAGACAAGCAAGGCAUCACAGCCCUCGCUAUGGCAGCCAUCCACAGCCAGGAGGGCGUGGCAGCCAUGUUGAUCGAGGCGGGUUCCAACCUGCGGUGUGUGGACAACGAACAGUCCACGCCGCUGCACCACGCAUGUUCAGAGGGAAACGUCAUCUUCGUGCAGAUGUUGUUUGAUGCUGGAGCGCGUUCUGCAGAAGGCUGGGUGAUGGUUUCAAGUAUGCUGACAGAUCGCGAUAUUGAGGAGAGCACAUGCCUCCAUCUGGCUGUAGACAACGGACAUUAUGAUGUGGCCAAACUCUGCUUGGAGAAACGUGCUGAUGUGAAUGUCCCCCGGAAACACUACAUGCAUCCGCUCCAUCUGGCCGCCAUGUCAGGAGACAUCCGGAAUGUCAAGCUGCUGGUGGAACAUAACGCCCGUAUUGAUGUGUUGAAUGACGAACAGGCAACUCCAUUACACAAAGCUGCCCAGUUAAACCAUCUGGAUGUUGUGAAGUAUCUUGUUGAUCACGGUGCAAAGAUUAAUCGACGUGACAAAGACAACUACACACCCCUUCUGCUGGCUGUGACAUACGGUCAUGUCGAGACUGUGGAGCUCUUGUUGCAGAAAGGUGCAGAUUACACUGCUGUCGACAAGAACGACAAAACCGUCAUCUUCCUGGCAGCGGAAGAAAACAAAGCUCCGGUGCUGAGGAAACUGUUGUCUUACCCACAAGUGAAGCGGCUGAUCAAUCAAAGUGAUCGCUAUGACAACGAUCCUCUUCAUAUUGCGGCACAGGAAGGUUACAGUGAGGUCUUAGUGACAUUGCUGGAGAAUGGAGGUGAUCUUGACAGCAAGAAUGAAGAAGAGCAGACGCCAUUACAUCUGGCCGCCAAGUUUGGGAGGACAAACAAUGUGAGAGAGCUGGUGAAGCGUGAUAAGUCCUCCAUCAAUGACGAAGACGAGAACUCCAACACUCCUCUACAUCUGGCAGCCAUGCAGGGACAUGACAAGGCAGUUGCACUCCUCCUGGAGUUCGGAGCCGACGUUGCCAGCAGGAACUACAGUCAAUGGACCCCCCUGGAUCUGGCUGCAUCCAAGGGAUGGCUGAAGACUUGCCGGAUCCUCCUGGAAGACGAUGCACCCAUUGACCCCAUGGACAAAAACCAGACCACUCCACUUCAUCUUGCAAGUCGCAAUGGUCACGCCGCGGUAGUAAGCCUCCUCCUUGAAUGGGAUGCAAAUGUCACGUUACCGGACUCCGAUGGUCUCAACAGUCUUGAUAUCGCCAUUGAAAACCACAACAUUGAUGUUGCCAUGGUGAUCAUCAACUCUGAAGUGUGGGAGGAUGCGUUGCGACAUGCAUCACUGGACCUGGUCACAGGACAACUGGACACGCCCAUGAGGAAACUCAUCAGGAAAAUGCCAGAUGUGGCAGAGCGAGUGUUUGAUCGCUGCCUGAGCUAUGGCGCUGAGAAGAAUCCAGAGCGACCCGACUAUGAAAUCACGUUCAACUAUGAGUUCCUGGAUGAUGUGUAUGCGAAUUGGCUGGACACAAAGAGAGAGUCCUCCAGCGACACUGGAUCAAGUUCAGGUUUUGGUGUGUAUGAUGAAGAUGACAGGUUACUGGCAGGUGCCACGCCCUACACGUCGGACUCCAACAUGCUCAAGAGGAAUCACCCGCUCAUGAUAAUGGUGACGUCGAGUCGAGAGGACCUCCUGGCUCACCCUCUGGUCAUGUCCAUGUUGAACCACAAGUGGAACACAUUCGGCAGUGUGUUCUACUACCUCUUCUUUCUCCUCUACCUGGUGUUCCUGACGUUCCUCACAGCUUACAUCGUAGAGACAGAACCACCCUAUACCUAUAAUACCAGUGAUGCCAUUGCCAUUUCCUCUGGGUCAUGUGACCAGCUGACGUCAACCUAUCAACAGCCAUUAAUCGCCCUCAUUGCUAAAUAUGUUAUUAUAGGAUUAGCGGCCUUCAACUUGUUGAAAGAGCUGCUACAAAUCUAUCAAGCCAAACUGUCCUACCUCGGCUGGACGAAUCUGAUUGAGUGGAUUACUUAUGUCUCAGCUCUACUCCUCGUCAUUGACUUCAAUGACUGUCAGAAGGAAACAGGCUUCAGAUUGAACUGGCAGUGGUCCUUGGGGGCUGUGUCUGUGUUCCUGGCAUGGAUGGUGCUGGUGCUGUUCAUCCAGAAGUUCCCCAGGUUUGGAAUCUACGUCGUCAUGUUCACAGAGAUCCUCACCACCGUCGCUCAGUUCUUUGUCGUCUUCUUCCUCUUCAUCGUCGCCUUCUCACUCGGCUUCUUCACCUUGUUCCGAAACCAGGUUGCGUUCAAAAAUGUCCCGAGUGCAAUGAUCAAAACAGGAGUCAUGAUGAUUGGCGAGUUUGAGUUUGAUGCCAUAUUCAAUGAGCAAUUUAAGGCAUCACCAGUAGACGACCGGGAUAAAGUCCACUUUCCUGAAGUUUCUUAUCUUCUCUUUGUUAUCUUCCUCAUCCUCAUGUCAAUCAUUGUCAUGAACUUGCUCGUUGGUUUGGCUGUAGAUGACAUCAAGGCUGUGCAGGACCAGGCUGCUCUGAAGAGAAUGGCUAUGCAGGUUGACUUGGCAUUGGACGUCGAGAGAAUCCUGCCAGACUUCAUUAGGCGGAAGUCGUACAUCCGAAGAAAAACGUUCAAACCGAACAUGUGGCUAAGUAACCCCAUUCGGAGGCUGUUGAACUACCAGUCUUCCAUGUCUGCUCAGGCCAUACAGAAGGCUCUGAAUCCAGAGCUGGAUGAGAUUGAGAAGGUCCAGGAGAGUCAGGAGAAACUGCAAGGAGACAUGAAGAAGAUGAAGAGAAUAGUGAAGGAGCUUCGAGAACAGAACUCUCGGAUUGAGAGCAUGUUGCGAGCCAUCGUGACGCAGUCUGAGAACAUCAACUGGCAGGAGGAGGAUUACCAGGAGGACGAGGAUGAACUAGACCAGCAGACGAUUGAGAACACUCUUUCCUAGACAGCAGGAUUGUCCCCCUUUGUUGAAUUAUCUCCUUUUGUCGGAUUAUCUCCCUUGAUUAUCGUCAGUUUUGAAAACGUGGAUAGAUGCCACACAUAUCAUUGUUGGAACAGUUUGUGUAUUGGAUGGAAAUAAUCUACCCCAUAUUAAAGCCAGAUUUAAAUGUUGAACAGCAUUAACAUUUAUUGACAGUUUGGAAAAGUCUGAACAUAUUACUGCUGUGCAGAUCUGAUCAAUGUUAUACUUUGAACAUUUUGUUGUAUAUACAUGUACUUUAAUAUGAGAAUCCCACCUGUGUUGAAGUGUUAGUAUAGAUCUCAUAAUGCAUCUUUCUUUAGAUUUGUGUUGAUUACAUGUUACAGUAUGAGUGUGUGAGUGAGUGAGUUAAAAUUUAACGUCGCAUCGGCAUUAUUUCAGCCAUAUAGCGACGUUAUAUGAGCGUGAGGAAGCAACCAGUGGACAUGUGGACUCUGGAAUCAAGAAUUGUACAUACCCAUCAUGUUGAUUCAUGGAGGUUAUUUCUGGCGAUGCAGUGUCACCUGUAAGGUUCCCAUACCGGCUAUUUCUCAAGUGUGCUAAUGAUAUGGGAUGUGUGGCUGUCACUGCACGUGACUGGUAUCAUAAGGAAACGCAACAUUCUGUGGGAUCCCCUGUAAGAUAUGAGAAGCAAUAUACUGUGGAAUGUCACUGCUUGCCAUUAGUAAUGAUUAGGAAACCAGUGAUAAACUGUAGGUGGGAUUUGCAAGGGAUUUCUUGUGAUAAGUCGGGAAAGCAAACGAAUCAAAGUGUAAGUGUACAUUCAUACAAACAGCUGCUCAGAAAUCUAUUUGUAUUUCAACAGGUGAAAACAGUCAGCUGAUUUGAUAAAACUGGUAGUGGUGUCAAAUAUGAUUAACCCUUGGACUGCUCUCAUGUAUUACAUUCAUGUGUAUUGACGUGCCCCCGAACUACUUACAUGUUUCUGGGGUUAAUAUUGAUUACUUGUAUAUGUUUAUAUGUGCUCAUAUACUAUUUACCCAUAAGCUGAUUUUGUUUGUUCAUGUAUGUCAGUGCUGUUUACCUGUCAACUGGCUGGCACCUGUGUUCAGUUGUAAAUAGUCAAUAUUCAGGUAUCGUACCUCUAUGAAUGCUAUCUCUCAGUAUGAAAAUUGAAUUAUAAUACCUUGGUUCUUCUCAAGAUUAAGUAAUUCAGUGAGCAUUUGUAUGAUUCAUGAAAAUACAUUUAAAAUGUUCGUUUCAGGCUGUCAAGUCUGUAGCUCAGGAAUUUUUUUUGGCAUGGAGUUGAUGAAAUUGUUCUUUGGAAGGUGAAGUGUUGACCUCCUUUAAUGUUCACAGGGACCAUGUGGUUACCGGGUAUGUCAUGGGAAACAAUUCAGGGACGCAUUAAUUCAUUGCCUUGCAAAAUAUGGCAAAAGGACCCAUUUGAAUUAUAAACGAUUCUGGGGAAGAGUAAGUCCCCUGCAACCUAUGCUGGUCAUAAGGCAACUAAAUGGAUCAGCUGGUCAGACUGGUGACUUUGUUGGUAGCGUGUCAUCGUACCCAGAUGGCGUGGCUUGUUGUUUACAAUAUCAAUCACUACUAUAUCAUUUGUCUGGUCCAGACUUGAUUAUUCACAAGCCACAGUCUGAUGGUAGCAAUAUAUACUUUCUAUUAUAUCCAGAAAUGGAACAGGGUGUGGAGUCAUCCAACAAAUCCCUUACCGUCAGCUUGGUCAGGUGAACAAGGCAUGGGUUAAAAUCAGUGGUUUCGAAUCCCAGCAGGUGACUCAUGUCCAUCCAUUACAAUAGCAAAGUAAGUCUUAAGCUAAAAAAAAAAAUAAUCUUGGUUCUCAGGCACCGCCUGCCCGUUUCGAUUUUUAUUUCCAUUUAAAAAAAAAGAAUAUUCCAAAUGUUUAAAGGUUUUCAAGGCCGUAGUUAACUUUUUUUGACAGGGGGGGCAAAUAUUUGUAAAAGUAUCACUUGUCCCCAACUUGAUUCAAAUAAAACUGUUUUCUAUGAAAAAUCGAGGGGGGCAAGCGCCCCCCCUGCCCCCCGGCUGGCUACGGCACUGGUUUUAAUGGUUUAACAGAAGGUUGCACCGACAGUUGAAUAAAGAUCCUUUUCUGACGAGGUUCAGUAACUGCUGAUUGAGGAAGUUUGGGCCUGUUUAUAUGUAUCUGGAUGUUUUCAUCUGUAAAUAAUUUGUGUAUUUUGUAUAAUAGAUGAAACUGACGCUUUUACUGGAGGUAUUUAAUAACCAGUGGUCACAUUUGCUCAGAUUUUA